GGGGUUACACUACUGGGGUCAGUUUCAGCAAGCCUCAAAGCAGCGCUGGACUGACUUGCUGAAUGUCACGCUAAACUUGUUACAGCUGUUUUACUCUAGAGUAGAAGCAAUGGAGAUUCCAAUAUUUACUGUUGAUUCUUUUACUGAUUUACCAUUCAAAGGUAAUCCUGCUGCAGUAUGUCUUAUAGAGAAUGAGCUGCAAGAUGAUCUUUAUCAGAGCAUUGCUGCUGAGAUGAAUUUAUCAGAGACUGCUUUCAUCACAAGACGGAAUUCUAUGGAUUUUUCCUCAGGUGCAAGGUUUGGAUUACGUUGGUUUACUCCCACAUGUGAGAUGCCACUAUGUGGACAUGCAACCCUGGCCUCAGCAGCAGUGCUCUUUUACAUGAAAAAAAAUGUCAACCCUGUACUGGUGUUUGAGACAAUGCGUGGGGAGCUAUAUGUGCAUCAGCAUGAAGAAUCUCUAAUAAUGGACUUUCCCUUAAACAAACCAAACCCCCAGGAUCAACAUGAAAUCAAGGAUCUUUUGAAAGCUGUAGUAGGAGAUGUACCCAUUCAGGAUGUGUGCUUCAAUCCAACCACAAGGAACCUGAUCAUUUGUCUUGCUGACACAUGUGACAGAUCUGAACUUACAUCUUUGAAGCCUGAAGCAAAAUCUCUGCUAGAAAAUGAAUCUACUGGGAAGAUUAAAGGUGUCAUUGUUACAAUGAAGGGAGAUUCAACUGCACAACCUGGAUAUGACUUCUAUUCCCGUUACUUUUCUCCUUGGUUAGGGGUGCUUGAAGAUCCAGUCUGUGGGUCUGCGCAUACAGUUCUUGCUGCCUACUGGUCUGAAAGGCUGAACAAAAAGAAAAUGUUGGCAUACCAGUGCUCCAGUCGUGGGGGAGAGUUAGGGCUGGAGAUCAGGGACGAUGGUCGACUUAACAUCAUUGGUCGGGCACAGACCGUUCUCCAGGGAACUCUUAAAAUCUAGACAACCUGCAAAACCUUCUCACUGAAUGUAUUAAUAACUUAAUGGAAAUAAGUCCAUUUUCUUUCUUAAAGAUCUGCAAACUGAUGUUUCAUUCACUGAAUGGACAAAUGUGGUUACUUGCAUGCCAAAAUAAAAUAAAAAAUAUUUGGUGUUAAAAGUC